GUCCAAACACUGUUGACCGUUGCUAAUUAACGGGUAAGAUGAAAAAUAAAAGAUUAGAUCAUAUAUGGAACCUUAGCACACACCCAUGCAGGUUUAUUAAAUGUGGUCCCGCUGAGAUGUGUGGGACCAAAGAUUGCCCAUGAGGUAGUACACAGUCGGUUCAUCUUAAAGAAUGUAGGGCCUGUAAGAUGAUCUUAACUUUCAUCCUCCACUUUAGGUUAUAUUACAUUGACCACUCGCUUGGUUUAAAACACCUUGAAAGUGAAGCAUCGUAUAAAAAGCAUGCCAGAGCAAGCUCAUUUUUCAGAGGUUCUUUCUCAAUUAUGCAACUGCAAAGACCCUCUCACUGGUUUAUUUCAUACUCUUUCAUUGUCACCAUGAUUACAGCGACUAUUAUCAUAUUACAUCUAUUAGAAAAGUACAUCGUUCACGCAUCCGACACAGAAUCAACUUCUAGAGUGUCGCUAGUCCCAUCUAUCACUAUUCAAGUGGAUUGGUUGGAUGUUAUCAUACUUUUGGCUUCAUCCAUUGGAAUUUGGGGAAUAACGCGAGCCAACCGAAAUAUCAUAGGAGUUUAUUUUUACUUUUUACUUUCUUUUGUUGGAAUACAGCUUAUUUUAGCAACAGCGGUCCUCGAAAACAAGAACAAAUACAUUGAGGAUAACCUUCGUCAGUCUUGGGAACGUGCCUAUUCUAUUGACCGCCACGUUAUAUUCGACAUCCAGCGCGAAUUUCACUGCCAAGGAUUUGACGAUACUGCUGAGUUUAUGGUUGAAAUGUCGGAAUUCUUCGGUGUCUUACCCGCUUGCAAAUACGCACUUAUCGAUAAGUUUGGCUCGAAAAUGUUUUCUAUCGGUAUCAUGACUAUGCUGAUUCGGCUAUUUCAGUUUGGAGGCAUUUUCCUAUUAUCUAUAGUAUUGCGCCACGUGGACACUACAGAGGAUGAUGAAGAAGAUUUGAUCAAGUCACCAGAAAUAGUACUGCUAAAUGAAACUCUGGUUCCUCUGUCUAACGAAAAGUAUGACAAAGACAGCGUACAUCUGAUUAGUUUCAAUGACGAAGAGAAGUUCAAGGGAAAUGAUGGCCUACAGUCAAUCGUGCCCACUUAAGUCCAGUCUACCCAACAUUGGCUCUUAUGCCACCACACUGGUCAAAUACCCUUUACCUUAUUUGUAACAUAAUACCUUUUCCGUUUGCAUAGAGACUACUCACUUCAAAGUUUACCUCUACCUACUCUAUUUUAAUUCUUACAUUACAUGACCUUUUUUAUUUUUUGAAUUAUACCACUAUAAAGCCGAAACAGACGAUUUAUAAAUAUCUAUCCCACAUUGAAUGAAUUGGUAGUAUUUGAAAAUUUCAUUGGUGGUCUUCC